AUGGAGCACCAGGAUGGAAUCGAGGCCCAGACAAUGUUGGUCGGUGCUUACCAGUGGACUGCACGGUCAGCAGCUCAGCAACUGCCUCUGCGUCAGCAGACCACAUGUGCUGAUGCUGGGCCAGCCUUCAGAGAGAGCCAGGGUGUGGAGCUGGGUAAGCUCGCUGUCUACCACGCGCUGACGCGCGAGGGCCAGGCGACGCACAUCGUAGGGGCCAACUGCAGGGAGGUGCUGCACUUGAACCUGAGGACACUGCGAGAGGGGCAGGUGCUGGAGCACGUCAGGGACAGGAGCAUCACAGAGGAGGAGUGCAUCGCCACCAUCAGAGAGGCCAUCCGCCAGGGGGUCAACUACAUUGACACGGCCCCCUGGUACGGACAGGACCGCUCCGAAGACAUCCUGGGUAAGGCCCUGAAGGAAAUCCCCCACCAGGCAUACUACAUAGGGACCAAGGUGGGCCGCUAUGAACUGCAUCCUCACCACAUGUUCGACUUUUCAGCGAGCAAGACCCGGCAGAGCAUCGAGAAGAGCCUCAAGCUAUUGCAGCUGGACUAUGUCGACAUUUUGCAGGUGCACGAUUUGGAGUUUGCUCCAGAUUCGGAAAUGGUAAUAAACGAGACCCUGCCUGUGGUUAAGGAGGCGGUGGAGGCGGGCAAGGCACGGUUCAUUGGGAUCACAGGCUACCCUGUGUCUGCACUGAAGGACAUCAUCACCAGGAGUAAGGACAUCAGGAUCAGCACAGUCCUCUCCUACUGCCGAGACACCCUCGUCGACAGCACUCUCCAGGAGUACAUGCCCUUCUUCAAGAGCCAGGGUGUGGAGCUGGGUAAGCUCGCUGUCUACCACGCGCUGACGCGCGAGGGCCAGGCGACGCACAUCGUAGGGGCCAACUGCAGGGAGGUGCUGCGCUUGAACCUGAGGACACUGCGAGAGGGACUCACCGAGGCAGAGCGACAGGUGCUGGAGCACGUCAAGGACAGGUUCUUUGCCGAUUUGAAGGUGAGGCACUGGGAAGGCAAGGAACUACGAGAGAGGGAAGCAAUACUGAAAGAGUUGGCGGAAAAGGAAAAACUAGAAGGCAAGUCCUGA